AUGAAGAACUUCGCCAACAUUGCUGCCGCUGCUGCUCUCGCAGCUAAUGGUGUCUCGGCCCAUUACAUCUUCCAGCAACUUUCGGUCGACGCUACUGAGUACGGUCCAUUCGAGUACAUCCGACAGAAUUCCAACUACAACUCUCCUGUUACGGAUCUGACCUCGAACGAUCUGAGGUGCAAUGUUGGUGCACAGGGUGCCGACACCAAGACGGUAGACGUUAAGGCCGGUGAAAAGUUCACAUUCACUCUCGAUACCCCCGUAUACCACCAAGGCCCCAUCUCAAUCUACAUGUCCAAAGCCCCCGGCGCCGCGUCCGACUACGACGCCAGCGGUGAAUGGUUCAAAAUCAAGGACUUCGCUCCGGACUUCUCAGGCGGAGAAGCGAAAUGGGACAUGGAAGGCUCCUACUCCUACGAAAUCCCAUCCUGCAUCGAGGACGGCGAAUACCUCCUCCGUAUCCAGAGUCUCGCCAUCCAUAACCCUUACCCUUCUGGCACGCCCCAGUUUUAUAUAUCUUGCGCUCAGGUUAAGGUCUCGGGCGGAGAUGGUAGUUAUAACCCCAAGACUGCGCUUAUUCCGGGUGCUUUUAAGGAGACGGAUCCGGGGUAUACUGUUAACAUUUACUCGGACUUCCAUAAUUACACUGUUCCGGGUCCUGAGCCUUUAACCUGCUAA